GGUAUUGAUUGCUGCCAAAAUAAAGCAAACAAAUGUGUUAUUAUGAAAGGUCAACCGGAUGUUCUGUCUUUGUUGCUGUAACUUGGUUCUUCUGGAGUUGGGUGCUCGCUGCUAAAGUUAAGCUAGUGCUGUCAGCAGAGGAGAACGUAGGUCCACGUGCGCUGAGAGGAUUUGUUUUACAGGGCAGAUUAUGCGUCCGCACCAACCAUUCUGACAGUGUCCUCGUUGGCUUUAAUGAGCAGCACGAUGAAAGCGCUAGUGUCGUGUUACGUCCCAGCACAGAGGUUCGUCAGAGCGGCCAGUCUUCCUGUGGCUCCACCCGCAGCAGCUCAGCGCAGACUCUGGAGCAGCUCUUCAUCCAGUCAGAACAAACCUCGACCGUCGUUGCUGCGACAUCUGAGCUCCAAAAUAAAAGCCACGGGCCCCAUUUCAGUGGCGGAGUACAUGAGAGAGGUGCUCACCAACCCCGUGACUGGAUAUUAUGUCAGGAACAACAUGCUGGGACCAGAGGGAGAUUUCAUCACAUCACCAGAAAUCAGUCAGAUCUUUGGAGAGCUGCUUGGUGUGUGGGUCAUCAGUGAGUGGAUGGGAGCUGGUUCUCCCAAACAGCUGCAGCUGGUAGAGCUCGGACCUGGAAAAGGAUCUCUGGCCAGCGACGUCCUCAGGGUGUUCGCUCAGCUGCGACCGGUUCUGGGUGAUGCUUCGGUGUCGCUCCACAUGGUGGAGGUGAGUCCAGCUCUCAGUCAACUUCAGGCCAAGACUUUGACUGGGAACCAGCACCAGGAGGUUGAGACCGAGGAUGAGCUGGUUUACCGCCGUGGGGAAACCGGGACAGGCCUGCUGGUGUCCUGGUACCACCGCCUAGAUGACGUCCCUAAAGGAUUCAGCAUCUUUCUGGCUCACGAGUUCUUCGACGCUCUGCCCAUCCACAAAUUCCAAAGGACAGACAAAGGCUGGAGGGAGGUCAUGGUGGACAUCGACCCAGAGCAGCCCGACCAGCUGAGAUUCGUGGUGACGCCGUCUCCCACUCUGGCCUCAUCCACACUGGUGCAGGCGGAUGAGCUUCGGGAUCAUGUAGAGGUGUGUGCGGAGGCUGGUGUCGUCAUCCAGCAACUGGCCCGGCGGAUCACGGAGGACGGUGGCGCGGCUCUGAUCGCCGACUACGGCCACGAUGGAACCAAGACGGACACGUUCAGAGGUUUUAAAGGGCAUCAACUUCAUGAUGUUCUGGCGUCGCCCGGCUCGGCCGACCUCACCGCCGAUGUGGACUUUAGCUACCUGCGGUGGGUGGCCGGAGGGGGCGUGGCCUGUCUGGGACCUGUCAGUCAGAGGACGUUCCUGAAGAACAUGGGAAUCGACACACGGCUACAAGUUCUGCUGAGGAACUGCACUGACCCAUCCACCAGGAAGCAGCUGAUCAGCAGCUAUGACGUGCUCACCAACCCCGCAAAGAUGGGCGAGCGCUUCCACUUCUUCAGCCUGCUGCACCACAGUCGCCUCACCAAACCCAGGACACCAGAAGGGCUGAAGCUGGAGAAGAAGAGGAGCCCGGCGCCGCUGCCUGUGGCCGGAUUCACACAACUCACCUUCUCCUGAGGCAGCUGCUUAAUUGGCCUGAGACGCUCAUGGACAGACGCUACACACUGAGGAAAUUACAAUUAAAUGUUUUUACAUGAGGGUGUCACGAAAAACCAUAAUGUUCCUUUCUCUAAUUUAUAGAAAAAAUGUACCAUAUAACAGGAUGAAGCAUUUCUAACAGACAAAAACACCGUAUGACCGUUCAGUCAUUCUGUAAAUUAGUCGUGUUUCCAACCUUCCUAGCUCAGUUAAACUGGUGUCUGACAUCCAUUGUUUCAGUCCAACCUGAAAUGACCACAAAGAGUCGAAUACUGACCAGAAUCAACCUCACUGGUGUCUCGGUCGUUUCCGUAGGAGCCGUCUGUGGUCAGAGGUCGCGCUGCUGCCUCAGGCUCCACAUCUUGAAGCAGUUAGCUGAGCUCAUGUUUGCGCCGCAGUCAUUCACAACGAGCCGCUGCUCCAGUAGCAAUUAAAGGAUUGAGUUACGUUUGCGACGAGCUGCUGCAGCCAGAACAAGCAGCCGAGCGGCGAGCGCUGCCACCGGCCACCAGAUCGGCCAUUAAGUGAUGGUUUCCACACAUCCUGCUGGGAUCCUUAUCAGGAAGCGCCGAGAGGCUCAUUAUAUGACAACGACUCCCGCUUGGAAAUAAUUACUGGAUUUUAUUAAAGCUUCUAAACUAAAGACAAUUAAAACACUCAGUUGUGUUCAACUUCAUUUCUGCAAUAAAAGAAAUACUGAG